AUGGAUUGCUAUGUAGGCGCCACAACCGGCGCACUAAAAGGAGCCCUUCUGAAAGAUAACACCUUCGAAAACCUCAACGAAAUCAAGUCGCUGGACCCGAAAAGCGACGAAAUUACGUCGAUGAUUUGGAGUGAUGAGCAACAGACUGAAAUUCUGAUCGCCCGGAUCAAUCGCGACCUCCAGUUGUUUGAUAUCGAGCAGAAUGAGCAAGUGUCGAUUCUAACAGUCACAGGAGGCACCGGAGCAAUUAAAGGGCUCCAUAAGACAGACGAAAAAAUCCUGACAUGCGUUGAAAGCGGCGAGAUUCAGAUUUGGAACGAUAAAUCCGAGGUGGUGUUCGAGUGGAAGUGUGGUCCAGGUGUCGCCGUCAUGCGUGGCUCGGAGGAGAAGCCAGAAGUCGUCACCGGCGGAAUGAAGAAUCUUCUGAAGACGUGGAAUCUGGAGACGGGGCAACAGGUGUGGAGUGCGAGGAAUGUGCCGCCCGAUAUGUUGGGAUUGGAGAUUCCGAUUAUGAUCACUGAUGCGCGGUUUAUUCCCGGGCAGAAUACGAUUCUGGAGGCCACGAAGCUUCAUGAGAUGCGCGUCUACGAUCCACGUGCACAGCGUCGGCCUGUGAACAAGCUGAAAUUCAUGGAAAACCCGAUCAUGUGCACCUCCCUAACCAACAAAACCAAUCAAGUCCUGGCCGCUAAUUCGAUUGGCGAAAUGGGUUUAUUCGACUUGAGGAGCAAAGUGCACCCAAUGUGCAAGUUCAAAGGACAAGCCGGAUCGAUUCGCAGCAUCGAUGGCCAUCCGACAAUGCCGUUGGCCGCGUCGGUGGGCAUUGAUCGCUUCCUGAGGGUUCAUGAUUUGCAGACGAGGAAGUUGAUUCAUAAGAUCUACUGCAAAACCCGUCUCAAUCGUGUCCUGCUCCGAAAUGAGCUCUCAAUUCUCAACGACCGAAAAAAUGCGGCGAAGAAAGAAGUCGAUGAGGACGAGACGGAGUACGGUAACAUGACCCAGGAUGGUUAUCGGGAUUCAGAAGACGAGGACGACGUCAUCGAGGAAGACGACGUCUGGGAUGUCAUGGAGCCAGUGACGAAGAAGCAGAAGAUGUCGGAGGAUGACAUUGUGGAGGUUCCAGUGGAAGAGGACGACGAAGACGUGCCGAAGAAGAAUUUGAGAAAACGAAAAGUGAUUCAGGAGGAGGAGAUAAAGGAAGAAGUGGAGGAUUCUGAUGAGGCUGAUGACGUGGCAGUGACGAAGACGCCGAAAAAAACGGCCGGGAAGAAAAAGGUGCUGAAAAAGAAGGCCUAG